AGAUGAUCUACGGAUACUACGUAAAGAUAUAAGAAGACGGCGCAUGAUGAGCCGACGAUAACAGUAGAACCUCAAUCCAAGUCGAAUACUGUGACAAUCAGCUUUAUUUCAGUGGACUGAACAAUUGUAACCGCCAUCAUGAGUGAUCUCGCAGCAAUGGAGUCCGAAUCUCCCAACAUCCCCUCCCCUCGAGAAAUCCAACUCCCCUCCUCCGUCCCCUCCCUCGAUCAAAUCCUCUCAGCACACGACUUCUCCCUCGCGGCGCAAAAAGCGCUAUCACCAAAAGCAUGGGCCUUCUACUCCUCCGCCGCCACCGAUUUAGUCACAGUCUCCAAGAACAAGGAACUCAUCCGCAGAGUCAUGCUCCGCCCAAGAAUUCUACGCAAUGUCGCUGAAGUCAGUAUAAAGAGGAAUAUUCUCGGCCUGGAGAGUAAGGCGCCGUUCAUCAUGUGUCCUGCUGCCAUGGCGACGCUGGCGCAUCCGGAUGGUGAGCUUGGGUGGAGUAGAGCAGCUGCUAGUGAAGGAAUCUUUGAGAUCAUCUCGAGCAACGCUUCAUACUCUCUCCCCAACAUCAUCGGCGCAGCUCCAUCAGGCCAUCCAUUCUUCCUCCAACUCUACGUCAACUCCCACCGCCCCAAAACAAUCGAACUCCUCCGCCGCGCUCGCUCCCUGGGCAUAAAAGCCAUCUUCGUGACCGUCGACGCCCCCGUUCCCGGAAAACGCGAGGCCGAUGAACGAGCCCCCCAAGCUGUUGUUAUAAAAUCCGCCAUGAGCGGUAGUGAGAGCAGUAAAGAUGGUAAGGGCAGUGGACUCGGACGGUUGAUGGGACAGUAUAUCGACAAGAGUCUUUCGUGGGAGGAUUUGGAGUGGAUAAGACGGGAGAGUUCUGUGCCGAUUGUGCUGAAGGGGGUUCAGACUGUGGAGGAUGUCAAGUUGGCGGUUGAGUAUGGCGUUGAGGGUGUUAUGUUGAGUAAUCACGGUGGAAGAUCUCUCGAUGGGUAAGUUCACUGCUAUCCAUUUGAAACGGAAGGUUUCUGACAGAUCUACAGUGCUCAGGCUUCUAUCCUCAUCCUUCUCGAGGUCCGAAAGCGGUUCCCCGAAGCCUUCCAACAUCUUGAGAUUUUCAUCGAUGGAGGCUUUGAACGUGGAUCUGAUAUCCUCAAGGCUAUUGCCCUAGGGGCUACUGCUGUUGGAAUUGCAAGACCGUUCUUGUAUUCGUUGGUGUAUGGUCAAAAGGGUGUUGAGCACCUUUCACAGAUUCUUAAGGAUGAGCUUGAAACAUCUAUGAGACUUGCUGGUAUUACUAGCCUGGAUCAAGCGACGCCUGAGCUCGUUAAUACUUUGGAUGUUGACCAUUUGGUUACUUCUGGUCGUAUUGAGCCAAGCUCAGUAUCACGAAGAGUCAGGUCUUCAAAGCUGUAGGAGAGGAGUUGCGAGAUGUUUGACUAUACCCAUCAUAAAUUGAUAGAGAUAGAAUCACUUAAUAAUAAAAGUCCUACGAUGAACUCUUCAAUCUCUCCUGAAAAGCCUUGACAGCAUCAACCAACUCCCCAUCCCCAUCCAACCCAAGCCCCUUGGCCCUACUCGCAUCAAACCACGGCGGCCAGCUCUUAACAAUCUUAUACAACGCCUCAUCCUGCUCCUCCUUAACAUACCCUACAGCCUCUUUUCCACCAACCUUCUCAACAGCAUCGAGGAUAUCCUGUACACUUACAGUAAUACCCGGAAGAUUUACAAUCCUCGACUCUCCAAACUUGUCAGCGGGUAUAUCCUUGAUCUUGAUCAGGUUCUUGAUGACAGUCGCGGGGCUGCAGAUCCACAUUGAUAUAUCCUUGGGCACGGGGAGGACGUUAGGAAUGCCCUGGAGACUUUCGCGGACUAUUCCUGAGGCGAAACUCGAUGCUGCGGCGGAGGGCUUUCCAGGUCGAACUACCACUGUUGGCAAUCUCACGAUGCGCCCAUCGAUCAAACCCCUUCUCGAAAAGUCAUUCACCAACAACUCAGCAAUAAGCUUCUCCGCACCAUACGAAGAUCUCGGCUGCGGUAGUGUCUUUUCCGUAACAUAUCCCUCCUCCGGUCCAUAAACAGCACAAGAACUCGAAAACACAACUUUGACCCCGGGGAGUUUAUUCCUCAGGGCAUCGAGAACAUAGCGCACUGAAUCAACGUUGACUUUAAGACCGAGAUCGAGAUUUGCUUCUGAACCGCCGGACAUGAGCCCGUGGAAGAGAUAAACUGCUUGGAAGGGCUGAGACGUUAUGAGUUGCUCGACGACAGAAGGGUUGGUGAGAUCUGCGGCGAGAGAAGUUAUGCGUUGGGCGUGUUGAGUUGGGACGGGAGGUUCAGAGAUGUCGGUUAUUGUGAGAUGGAUUGCGGGUGAGGAGUUGAGGAGGGGGGCUAUGAUCUCUUGGCCGAUGAAGCCACCGGCGCCGGUGAUGAGAAUAUGCUGUGUAUUGGCCAUUUUGGUGUUUGGUAUAGGUAGGCUAGUGGUUGUAUUAGCGAUGAAUGAGAGUGAGUUGAUCUGUUUAAAUGGUAGUUUGAUC